CCUUCCUCCCCCCCCCCCCCAAAACACACACGCAAACACACUCUCUGACACUUCUCUCUCUAAAAGCUUCAUCAGCAGCAGAAUCAGAGGCACACAUAGCAGUGGACUAACCAAAAUUUUGCAGCGACAUAAAUCCCUUUCCUUCUAGUUAGUUAUCUAACGGUUUUAUUUUUUCAUUCCCCAUUUUACCCUUACUUCUCUUCUCUAUUUCUCCUUUCAUGCCAUUUUGCUUUUCCCCUCAGUUUCGAAGCCAGCCAAAGCUUUGAUUGCUCUCUCACAGUGUCACACUCAGAUCUUUGUUGUCCGUAGUUGUUAAGAAAAAAUGAUUACCUGGAAGGAUUUUUACACCGUCAUGUCGGCGGUGGUUCCUCUGUACGUGGCCAUGAUUUUAGCGUAUGGUUCCGUCCGGUGGUGGAAGAUAUUCUCGCCGGACCAGUGCUCCGGCAUAAACCGCUUCGUCGCCAUCUUCGCCGUUCCUCUCCUCUCCUUCCACUUCAUAUCUACCAACAACCCUUACGCCAUGAACUUACGCUUCAUCGCCGCCGACACCCUUCAGAAGAUCAUCAUGCUCUUUGCCCUCGCAAUAUGGACCAACUUCACCAAGAACGGAAGCCUCGAAUGGAUGAUCACCAUUUUCUCUCUCUCGACAUUGCCCAACACUCUUGUCAUGGGGAUUCCUCUGCUCAUCGCUAUGUACGGCGGUAGUCAGUAUGACUCAGGUAGUCUCAUGGUUCAGAUAGUAGUGUUGCAGUGUAUUAUUUGGUACACGCUGUUGCUGUUUCUCUUCGAGUACCGUGGAGCCAAGUUGCUGAUCAUGGAGCAGUUCCCGGAGACGGCAGCGUCGAUUGUGUCGUUUAAGGUUGAUUCAGACGUCGUCUCACUCGAUGGUCGGGACUUUCUGGAGACGGAUGCGGAGGUUGGGGGCGAUGGGAAGCUCCACGUGACGGUUAGGAAGUCCAACGCGUCGAGGCGAUCGUUUGCGAUGACUCCCCGACCGUCAAACCUCACCGGCGCCGAGAUUUACAGCCUGAGCUCCUCCCGGAAUCCAACACCCCGGGGUUCGAAUUUCAACCACGCCGAUUUCUACUCCAUGAUGGGGUUCCCGAGGCAUUCGAACUUUGGCCCUGCGGAUUUGUACUCUGUCCAGUCGUCGCGGGGCCCGACGCCUAGACCAUCUAAUUUCGAAGAGAACUGUGCUCCUCCUCCAACGGUUCAAACCGUCAGUUCUCCGAGAUUCGGAUUCUACCCUGCACAGACGGCGCCGGCGCCGGUGUCAUAUCCAGCUCCGAAUCCAGAAUUCUCAUCAACCUUGAGCAAGAGUGUGAGAAACCAAAACCAGCAGCAGCAGCAACAUCCUCAACAACAUUCCCAACAGUCGCAAUUACCUCAGACUCAAGGGAAAGCUAGCCAUGACGCCAAGGAACUCCACAUGUUCGUGUGGAGCUCAAGCGCAUCCCCGGUUUCAGAAGGCGGCGGCCUGCAAGUGUUUGGCGGCACCGACUUCGCAGGGUCGGAGCAAUCUGGACGGUCCGAUCAGGGUGCCAAAGAGAUCCGGAUGAUUGUAGCUGAUGAUCACCCUCCAAAUGGGGAAACCAACAAAGCUAUGCCAGAACCGGAGCUUGGCGGGGAUGAGUUCAGGUUUCCAGCGAAAGAAGUACCAACAGAUCAGGAAGAGAGAGAUCAAAAGGAGGGACCCACUGGGCUGAACAAGCUGGGUUCGAGUUCUACGGCAGAGCUCCAUCCAAAAGCCGCCGGAAAUGCUGAUUCCGGAGUCGGGAAACAAAUGCCUCCGGCGAGUGUGAUGACCCGUCUGAUACUGAUAAUGGUGUGGAGGAAGCUCAUCCGUAAUCCCAACACAUACUCUAGCCUCAUUGGACUAAUCUGGUCCCUCAUUGCCUUCAGGUGGAAUGUGCAUAUGCCGAAAAUAAUAGAGAAAUCAAUCUCCAUCUUAUCAGAUGCUGGGCUCGGAAUGGCCAUGUUCAGCUUAGGUCUGUUUAUGGCACUUCAACCUAAGAUCAUUGCAUGCGGGAACUCGGUUGCAACAUUUGCCAUGGCUAUUCGGUUCCUCGCUGGCCCCGCCGUCAUGGCCGCCGCUUCCAUCGCAGUCGGCCUCCGUGGCACCCUCUUACACAUCGCAAUCGUUCAGGCAGCACUUCCACAAGGGAUUGUUCCAUUUGUGUUUGCCAAGGAGUACAAUGUUCACCCUGCCAUUCUGAGCACAGCGGUUAUUUUUGGGAUGUUGAUAGCCCUGCCAAUUACGCUGGUUUACUACAUACUCCUUGGCUUGUAAGCUGCAAAACAGGGACAAAGUGAAUAGCAAUUUAAAAUAUUUGUUAAAUUUUGGAAGUUACAAUGCAUGCUUGCACCGUUGAAGCCACUGGUGCAAAAUAUGCUAUUACUAACAGGGAGGAGGAUUUCCCGGGCAGGGAGGAUGGGAAAUUAUUUUAAAAAGUGGCAGUAUUCUUAAAACAGAGGAGAUCAUUUCGAUUCUCCACAAAUUUUGGGGGGUUUAAGAAAAAGUUUGACUGAUUAGCCCAAAUCCUCAUGAUUCGGAUGCCCUUCCAAAGUGAUGUGAUUUUUCAGAGACCUCAGGGGAAGGAACUGGAGGAACAAGAUCACAAUAUGGGAGACAACAACAGAGGAAAACAGGGGAAAGCUAGCACAAGCAGAGUCAAUGAUUUCUAGAAGUAGUUCCAUCGUUAUUUGUAUUUGUAAAUUUUAUAUUAAGAAGAGAAGUUAAAAAAGAGAGUUUGGUUUGGUCUUCAAGUGACAGAGUUGAUUUUAAUAAUUAGGUGGGAAGAAAUGGACGUUAGAAUAGGGGGAGAAGGCUUGCUUUUUUCUUUCUCACCUUUUGUUUGGUUAAUCUUCCUUUUUUUUUUUUUUUUUGAAGAUGAAAUGCGUUUGCCUUUGAUUGUUCACUGGUCCUCCAAUUAUUUUCUGUUGUCGUCUUUCCCUUCCCGUCAAAGCCAUUCGAGUUUUAUUCAAAGGGAUUCAUUUUAGGUAAUAAAAGGAAGAUAAUGUCUUUCAUGCA